CAAGCAGUUUUGUUUGAUUAAGCAAAUUCCUGCAAAUCACAUAUUAGCAGGAACCAUAACAUCACCUCUUUGAGGCCUUAGCUCGGGGUUUCCCGAUUUUCAUUUUCUUUUUCUUUAUGAGGUGUACUAAAAAAACACUUUAAAAAUUCUAUAUUACUUUUACCCUAUUUUAUUCUUAAUCUUUUUUAAUUCAUUAUUAUUAGUAUUGUUUCAUUGAACUUGUCUUUUUCUUUCACUCCAUCCACUUGGUAUGUAUGUUUCAUAGUGAUAACAAAUAUAAAUAUAUUGCCUUCCCCAGAAGGACAUACUCAGAGGCAUUUUUGAAUCAAGUGCUUUCAUUCAACAUCCAAUAGAGCCAUGGUAGGUCUCAGUGGAAACACCAUGUUUGUGUACUUUCUCUUCACCAUUAGCUUUGGCUUGUGGGUUCUUCAUGCAUCUGCAGCGCUUCAGAGAUUUACACACACACCCAAAACUGAUGGUUCUCUUGGUUUCUUGGUGCUUGGUGACUGGGGAAGAAGAGGUGAAUACAACCAGUCUGAAGUUGCAUUCCAGAUGGGGAAGGUUGGAGAGAAGCUUGACAUUAACUUUGUGAUUUCCACUGGAGACAAUUUCUAUGACAAUGGCCUAAUUAAUGAACAUGAUACAGCAUUUGAGGAGUCAUUCACCAAAGUUUACACAGCAAAAAGCCUGCAAAAGCAGUGGUACAGUGUGUUGGGAAACCAUGACUACAGGGGUGAUGCAGAGGCUCAAUUAAGCCCGGUCCUUAGGAAAAUUGAUAGCAGAUGGCUUUGCCUGAGGUCGUUUAUUGUAGAUUCAGAAUUGACAGAAAUUUUCUUUGUGGACACAACCCCUUUUGUACAAGAGUACUAUAGGGAAUCAGAUGGGCACACAUAUGACUGGCGGGGAAUUAACCCACCAAAAUCUUAUAUUAACAACUUGUUGAAGGAUCUAGAAAUGGCAUUGAGAGAGUCAACAGCAAAAUGGAAGAUUGUUGUUGGACACCAUGCAAUUAGAAGUAUUGGGCAUCAUGGUGAUACUCAAGAACUUAUAAGCCAGCUUCUACCAAUUCUUCAGGCAAAUAAUGUUGAUUUUUACAUGAAUGGGCAUGACCAUUGUCUUGAACACAUCAGUGACACAGAGAGUCCUAUUCAGUUCCUUACUAGCGGGGCGGGGUCAAAGGCUUGGAGAGGAGACAUUCAAGAAAAGAACAAAAGAGGUUUAAAUUUCUUCUAUGAUGGACAAGGUUUCAUGUCAGUGCAAUUGACUCAGACUGAUGCAAACAUUGAGUUCUAUGAUGUUUCUGGCAAUGUUUUGCACAGAAUCAUUUCUUCAAAGCAACUAAAACAUUCUUCCAUGUGAAAUUUAGACCCGGAACUAGAUAGGAAAGAGAGGUAUUGACAAGGCUUAGGAAAUUAAACAAUCCUCCUAGAAACGGAUAUAACUAUUAUCAGUGACUAUUUGAAGCUAUCAAUGCAUACGCUUAAUGAGCUUCAAUGCAUUACUUAAGCAUGUAUAUAUGUAUUGUUAGAAUUUAUUAAAUUCAAAUGAAUCAUGUUAGUGCUCCCUUUAGAUAA